CCCAACCCAGUCCUUCGUCAGCAGUUGCGAAGUGAAGAGCGUUCUAGGGAAAGCUGCCGAAUUUCUUCACUGGAAACCCCGUCUCGCUCUCUUCAUGAUUCCUCCUUCGUUAUAGCGACGGUGGGUCAUCAUGGACUUCAGUUACUUGCUGGAAUUGGCCAAGGACAACGACCAGAACAACAAGAAAGAGAUUUCUGUAAGUAGGUUCUCCACAAAGGUCUCAGCGGCAAAGAAGCUUGACCGCCCGUCCCCAAAGGUAGGGGCAAUUAAGGCACUGCUAGAUAAGAAGGAAGAGAAGAAAAGGAAGAAAAAUGAGGAAUUCAAAAAGAAGAGAGAUAACUUGCUUGCUCUUCGGGCACAAGACAGAAAAGCCAACAAGCGUGUCAAUGCUAUGAUCAACAGAACCAAAGGUGCUUGCAAAGCUGUGCUGGAUGAUGCAAAGGAUAUUACAACUGCCCGAGGGGAGGAGCAAUGUGAUGAGGAUGACUAUGGUUAUGAGUCUGCUAUGAGCCAACAGAUCUUCAGCAAACUAGCUGACCGUUAUGCCAACAUGCCUGAGGAUGACAAGUUGAAGUUUGUUAAGAAAACCAAAGGGAGCAUUGAUGAUAUUAAGAGUCGAGUUAUCAAUAGUCUUAAGAAAGAAGAGGAGGAGGAAAUGGUUCCAAGAAAAAGAAAAAGAAGACGCAAAUAUGCUGAUGACGAGGAUGGAUUUAUCAAUGAUGGGGAUGCAUAUGAUGACUUCCCUUCUACGUCAGAUUCUAAAAAGUCCAGCUCGAGUUCAGGAGCAAAGGUCCCGGUCAAUAUUAACUUAACAAACUACAAAAGUGACAAACACAACAAUUUCAAGUAUGACAAGGAGAAAGAAAAAGAGAAGGAGAAGGAAAAGGAGAAGGAAAAGGAGAGACAUAAAAAGCACAAAGAAAAGAGCAAGGCCAAAGCAGCACCUCCACCAUUGAGCUUUGAGGAGUUGCUGAAAAUGGCUCAGAAAAAGACUCUGCCAGGUGGCAAAACGGAAGAAGAGGCCAAGAAAAAAGUGAAGGAGCAAGAGAAAAAGAAGGACAUUGAUCGGCCGCUCACCGCCAAGGAGAAAGAGGAAUUAGAAGAAGAGAGAAGAAGAAAGUUGAGAAGAAUGGGCAAGCUGCCUCCAGAAAAGAAGGAACCAGAGAAGUCCAAGGAUAAGGGACAGAAGAAUGAGCCAAGCAGCCAGGAAGAGAAAGCAAAGAAGGAUGGCGAAAAGAUGGCUGGGAAGAAUAAGCCUGCAAGCAAACUGCAACAGGCGCUGGAGAAGCCGAAGCCUGAACCCAAAGUGAUCGAUAGAAGUAAAUACUUUGCAGUUCCAUCAGGGCCCAAGCCACGAGAACUUCCUCAAAGCAGGGACUCAAAGCCUUCCCAGAAUUCUAAACAGAUGCCUUCCAAGUCCCAAGACAGCCGAGCAGUCUCAGCCAAUGACAGCAGACCGCAGAAGAGCAAAGAGUUUCCUCCAAGAGACCUCAAGCCCCAAAAGUCCCGAGACUUCCCACCAAAAGACAAAGGACGUCCAUUCCCUCCCCCAGACUUGCAUCGACGACAGCCCCCUGGUCCAUCGCUCAAGAGAGGUCGAAUUGAGAGUGAUUCUGAAGAGGAAUAUGACUCAGAAAUGGAUGAUUUCAUUGAUGAUGGGGAAGAAGAAUUGGAUUACUCAAAUGAAAUCAAGAAGAUGUUUGGAUAUGAUAAGAGCAGAUAUGCGGAUGAAGAGGAUGACUGUGACGAUAUGGAGGCCUCAUUCUCUCAGAUGCAGAAAGAGGAGCGCAUCUCUGCUAAAAUUGGUCUCAUGGAAGAUCUGGAGGAUAUGAAGAGAGAAGAGGAGGAAAGAAAAAUAAAGGAGAUGAGGAUGAAAAAGAUGAAGAAGGGUAGAUGAGGCCCAUGCAUGAAUGGAAACCCAGAGGCAAGAGAGAUAUUAAGAAGUAGAUGAAAAAAGCUCUUGAAUCCAUCUGUACAUAAUUUUUAUGAUACACCUGUGCCAGUAAUGAAUUUUAUAUGUAUAUAGUUGCCAUAGUUUAACUUCCCUCACCAGGAUAUACCAUACUGCCAGAGUGGAUCAUGGGACUCAAAGACUUAUGAUGAAUGAUGGGCUGUUGUAGGUCGAUUCCAAUGGAAUGUUUGUUUUAUUAUUAAGGUUUUUUUAAUUUUUUUUCACAAUAAUUAUGAGUAUUAUUUUCUAAUGUCACUGUUAUCAUUUUUACUAUAGCUACUAUUUCGAAGUUUAUUAUCCUUAUCUUUUU